UCUCCUCCUCACAGUGUCCCUCCGCGGACCACUCCACUCUCGCUUAACCUGUGUUUAAGUGUCCGAGCGAGCAGAAGAAACCCCGGCUCGGAUGAGUUGGUGAUGUUUUAUCGCCUGUUUGUGCUCGCCGCUCUGCUGCCACGCUGCUCCGGAGCAUCCUCGGUGGAGGAUCCGGUGAAGCAUGUCCGGGCCUUUGCUGGCGACGCUGUCCUUCUGCCAUGCAGCUUCAACAUCCCCGCCAGCAGCAAGUUCCAGACAGUGGAGUGGUCCAAGCGAGGCCCGCCUCCCAUCGUCGUCUUCGUGCACCGGGGUGGCCACGAGAUCCAUGCAGAGAAGCAUCUGGACUUCUUGAACAGGACGAGCAUCGUCCCCAAAGAGCUGAAGAAUGGCAACUUCUCGUUGAGGAUCUCCAACGUGCGGCUGGCGGAUGCAGGGACGUACCGAUGCAUGAGGCUCUGGAUGGACGGACCCCGCAACGUCACAUCGGUGGAGCUCGUUGUGGCUGCCGUUUCUAAGCCCAAACUCUGGGUGACGUCAGCCGAGGGUGGAAACGUGACUCUGCGGUGCGAGGCCAGCUGCUGGCUGCCGGAGCCGCACAUCAACUUCCUGGACAAACAGGGGAAAUACAUCCAGGCCCAAGGACCCAAAAGGGAUGAAGAAGCCCGCGGGUGUUUCACCGUGACACGAAGAGUGACUCUCAAGGCUGCUGCUGCCAACAGGGUCACCUGCAGAGUCCACCAGCCGGAGACCAACCAGACCAGGGAAACGGAGAUCAUCAUACCAGUUGACGGAGGGCGGUCCUGCUUUCUGAUGUCUGCCAUCGCUGUUGGAGUGACCGUUUUAGUUCUGUUAGCUCCAUUAUGCGGGGUAGCUGUCUGUCUGGGGAAGAGAUGUGGCAAAUGUGCGGAGGAACAAAAACUCCCGGUGACCAGACAGCCGUCGGACCAAAGCACAUUAAGUGUCAACUAUGAGAAUCAGUCGCUGCUGCGCUGCGUCAUGGUAGAGGAGCCCACGACAGAGGACCGCAGGGCCAAGCUUCGGGAGCAAGAAAAUACAAUCCUCCAGCUACAGAGCCAAAACCAAUCUCAUCCAAGUCUGGUUGUUUGCCAGCAUGACCGACCAGGGCUCCUCCAGCCCGACCGGCAGGUGGUUCUCCAGCCCGACCGGCAGGUGGUUCUCCAGCCCGACCGGCAGGUGGUUCUCCAGCCCGACCGGCAGGUGGUCCUCCAGCCCGACCGGCAGGUGGUCCUCCAGCCUGACCAGCAGGUGGUCCUCCAGCCUGACCAGCAGGUGGUUCUCCAGCCCGACCGGCAGGUGGUUCUCCAGCCCGACCGGCAGGUGGUUCUCCAGCCCGACCAGCAGGUGGUUCUCCAGCCCGACCGGCAGGUGGUCCUCCAGCCCGACCAGCAGGUGGUUCUCCAGCACACCCGGCCGGUGGUCCUCCAGCCCGACCAGCCGGGGCUCCUCCAGCCGGGGUUCCUCCAGCACGACCAGCCGGGGCUCCUCCAGCCGGGGUUCCUCCAGCACGACCAGCCGGGGAUCCUCCAGCCUGGGUUCCUCCAGCACGACCAGCCGGGGGUCCUCCAGCCUGGGGUCCUCCAGCACGACCGACCGGGGCUCCUCCAGCCGGGGUUCCUCCAGCACGACCGACCGGUGGUCCUCCACGGCGUCAUGCGGCAAAGCAGCGUUCCGUCACACAAACCCCCGGUCUACAGGAUCCGUCGGAACCACAGCAGUCCGGAUAUUUUGAAGUUCUUGUCCAGUUCUUCUGGAGUCAGAGCUUCGAAGAAAAAGCUCUCAAGCAUCGGCCGUUCGAAGAGUGAAACAUACGAGCCGCCUCUUCUAUUCCCCAAGCCUCAGCGCCGACAUUCCUCUGUGUUUCCGUCGUCUAAUAACCGCUUCAAACUCCUGUCAGAUGUAACAGAAGAGCCGUACUAG